UGUUGACGAAACCUUCGUGUAAUACACAAAAACAUCUGCUAGCCCUUUAGGAACAUAGACUACCAUGUUUAUCUCACAAAAGUGUAUCACUUUCACACAAAUUCCGGGGCUGGUGCGCGCUCCCAGCCUGUUAUCGUGGAGUUUUCGUGGUUCUUCAGUUGUGGCCAGAGGCUGUGCUGCGUUUCACCGUCCAACCCCCGACACCAGGACCAGGGAGCUCCUAAAUGACCCCAAACACACAGUAUUUCAUCGGUGUUCAUUCUGGGACGCCCGUAAAGCUCGGAUCAGUGGUCUCAGAGGGCUGUCUACCUCCCCGGAGGACACGGGAGGUGCUGUGGGGAAGAUCCAGUCAACACACUACCAUCUCAUCUACACCUGCAAGGUUUGCUCCACCAGGUCCAGGCAGAUAAUUUCUAAGGUGGCUUAUCACAAAGGUGUAGUGAUCGUGACAUGUCCAGGAUGUGAGAAACACCAUAUCAUCGCUGACAACCUCGGCUGGUUCUCAGACCUCGGGGGGAAGAGAAACAUUGAGGAAAUCCUGGCUGCCAAAGGGGAGAGAGUGAAGAGAGUUGAGGGAAGUCCGGCACUGGAGAUAGUCCUGGACGAAAGCAACCGAGACAAGUCACAGCACAGUGAUCAUCCAGAAACGUCAGACAAGGACCCAGGGGAAAAAUAACAAUGUGUUUUUAGAACUGUAUAUAUUCUCUGUAAGAUGCUUAUAUAACAUUUUGUAAUAAAUACAAUAUUUUCAGUUGCUUUUGGUUUUCAUGAGUGCGUAUUCGGAGGGGGGAGUGAAACAAUAUUCAAAAGCAAUACUGGAUAUCUAUAACAGGGAUAAAGCUGCAAAGGACCCUCAAAUCUACAGAAGUGUCAAGUAACGAAGUACAAAUACUUCGUUACCUUACUUAAGUAGAAAUUUUGGUUAUCUAUACUUCACUGGAGUAAUUAUUUUUCAGACGACUUUUUACUUUUACUCCUUACAUUUUCACACAAUUAUCUGUACUUUUUAUUCUUUACAUUUUAAAAACAGCCUCGUUACUCUAUUUCAUUUCGGCCUUUAAACAAAAACUAUCCAGUUAAAUUGCGCCAUCCGGAUUGAGUGAAUUUGGUAGUGGUUGUGGCACAGAUGUUCUUGUCCAGUUUUGUUCUUACAUCCGUCGCCCUCAGAUUCCUGCAACUAAACUUGGAUGUACAUUCCAGUAAAGGUUAGGAUAAAUGAUAACAUGCCUCUGAAGUUUGACUUUUUGCACCAUUACAAUACUUAGGCAUAGGCAACUAGUCAUAUCUUCUGCUCUCUGAAACACAUGUUAAUGC